CUCUAACAUCAUACCGCAGGAAGAGCAGGACAGAACUACACCAUGCUGUCACAACGUCUCCGCGUCGCCGUCCUGGAAUGCGACACCCCCAUCGAUCCCAUCCAGUCCAACUACGGCACUUACGGCGAUGUCUUCGAGAACCAUAUCAAAGAAGGCCUCGCGCGCAUCGGGGUGAAGGCCAAGCUGGAACUGGCGAAGAUCGACGUGGUGCAGCCAUCCGCAGAAUACCCCAAGCCGGAGGACUUUGACGUCGUGCUCCUGACCGGAAGCAAACACGACUCCUACAGAGACGACCCCUGGAUCCUCACCCUGGUGCAAUUCGUGCAAGAUUGCUACCUCGUCCACCACAAACCCAUCGUCGGCAUCUGUUUCGGACACCAGGUGAUUGCGCGGGCUCUCGGGGCGCGCGUGGGACCCAAUGUAUCGGGAUGGGAGGUUGCGGUAGAGCCAAUAGCUCUGACACAUUGCGGGAGGUCGCUUUUUGGGAAGAAUGACCUGGCCCUGCAUAUGAUGCACCGCGAUAUCGUGUACGAGGUUCCACCGGGGUGCGUGAAUCUGGGUAGCACCGCGAUCUGCGGGAUUCAAGGGCUGUACGUCCCGAAACGGAUACUCUGUGUUCAAGGGCAUCCGGAGUACAAUGCGUUUAUGGUUUCCGAGCUGCUCAAGUUGCGACGGGAGAGGGGAGUGUUCGACGAGACGAUGUAUGCGGACGGGAUGGCGCGGGUAGAGAACGAACACGACGGGCUGGUGUUUUCCGAAACGAUGUACGCGCUGCCCCUCAUCUCACUUCCCCUCCUCCACAUCCCACCACCUCUCCAUCCCAACAUGUCCAACCCAAUCCGCACCCUCUCCCCCUCCACCAACAAGGUCAUCUUCGAGCACCCCGGCGUCUCUGUCGAGGAAGCCCGCAAGAUCGCCCAGGCCUCCCAGGAUGCCUUCCGCACAUACAAGCAGACCCCGCUGUCGCAGCGCAAGGAGAUUAUCCUCAAGGCGCUGGAUCUGAUCGAGGCCAACAAGGAGACGCUCGCUGAGGAAUUGACCACGCAGAUGGGUCGUCCGAUCGCCUUCAGCGCCAAGGAGAUCGAGACCUUCCGCAAGCGUGGCGACUACCUCCUCAGCAUCACCGAUGACUGCCUCAAGCCUCUGCCUGGCUCUCCGGAGGCCGGCUUCAGGCGAUUCCUGAAGAAGGCCCCGGUCGGCCCGACACUGAUCAUCACCGCGUGGAACUUCCCCUACCUCGUCACCAUCAACGCCCUCCUCCCCGCCCUCCUGGCCGGAAACACCGUCCUCCUCCGUCCCUCCCCCCAGACCCCCAUCUUCGGCGAACGUCUCCUCACCUACUUCACUGAGGCCGGUCUCCCGCCCAACGUCCUGCAGCUCAUCCACUGCGGAUCCCCGGACAUCCUGGAUGAAAUCGUCCAGCUCCCCCAGAUCCAGCUCAUCUCCUUCACCGGCUCCACCGCGGGUGGUGUCCGCAUCCGCGAGGCAACCGCCCGCCGGAUCGUCCCCGUCAACCUCGAGCUCGGUGGCAACGACCCCGCGUACGUCCGACCGGACGCCGACAUUCCCUACGUGGCCGCGCAGCUCGUCGACGGCGCCGUCUUCAACUCCGGACAGAGUUGCUGCGCUGUUGAGCGGGUGUACGUGCACGCGGACGUACACGACCAGUUCGUCGAGGAGGUGCAGAAGGAGUUGACUGGCUACAAACUCGGCUCCCCCCACGACAAAUCGACCACCACCGGUCCCGUCGUCUCGCAAGCAUCUCUCAAGAACAUCCAGUCGCAGAUCGCCGACGCCCUCUCCAAGGGCGCUGUCAACGCCACCCCCUCCAACCCUACGUUCGAGAACACCCCUGCAGAUGGCAACUACCUGUCUCCCACAGUCCUGACGAAUGUCACCCACGACAUGGUCGUCAUGAAGGACGAGACCUUCGGCCCGGUGAUGCCGAUCAUGAAGGUGGCGUCGGAUGAGGAGGCGAUCAGCCUGAUGAACGACAGCGACUACGGUCUGACGGCCAGUAUCUGGACGAAGGACAUCCAGAAGGGCGAGGAGCUGAUCGAGGAGUUGGAGGCGGGGACGGUGUACAUCAACCGCUGCGAUUACCCGAGUCCGGAUCUGGCGUGGAUCGGAUGGAAGAACUCCGGCCUGGGAUGCACAUUGGGGCCGGCGGCCUUUGAAGCGUUCUACAAGCUGAAGAGCUUCCACAUCAAGGAGGCGCAGGCAUAG